AUGGCGGAGAUGACAUCGCUUCCCAUGGCACUGCAGACGUCCGAUGAAGAGGUAGUCGUCCUUGAACAGUUGCCUUUGCAAUCUAUGGUUGUGGCUCCAUCUAAUAGGAGUGGCAGGCGACGAAGAGUGCGUCGGUUGGCUCCCAAUCUAUUGUCGCCAUUCAUAGCGCAACCACAAACACGCCAGUCUGCCAUCAAGAUGGACCUUAAAGCAGUGGCUGCAAUUGUUUUUGAUGGCGCCUUAGACCCGAGCGAGGAACUUUUGCAUGACACAACUUUAAGCAGAGGCAACCUCGCCUCUUUCCAAGGAGACAGCUGGAUUGGCAAUCAUGUGGUGGAUGCGUAUUGUAGAUUGCUGCAAUUCGAUGAUGCAUCAAGGACCAAACUCUAUCUAUCGCCCUACAUAGCGGAAAUGGUAAUGCGUUCCAAUGGCAAACAUUUGACGCGAGAAGGAGUAAUUGGCCGUUAUGAGCGAUAUUUGUAUCCCAUCGAUGUUUCCUAUCAGAAUGUUAAUGAGGUGUACUUACCGGUCCUUCACAAAAACCAUUGGUCGUUGUAUGUUUAUGACAUCCAUAACAAACGAAUCCAGCUCUUGGAUUCUCGACCUGGAAGGAGAAGGAGUAGUAUGAGUGGGAUACAACAAAAUUUGGCCAAGGUUGUUCUAUGGCUUGUUGCCUACAAGAAACAAAUGGUUGAUGUAGACUUGAAGAUGUUCCGUUUUGUCAUGCCAGACGUACCAAGUCAACCAAAUGACAAUGACUGCGGAGUAUUUGUGAUGAAAUUCAUGGAGAACUGGUCAAAUGGAGGCCUCUCCAAAUCCAUCGAUGUGGGCAAGAUUAACAAGUAUAGAUUGAAGAUAUUAGGGAGAUUGUUGCUUUCUUCACAUAAUGCCCAUCGACAUCGCUUUCUCGUGGAGUGAGGGACACUAUUCAAGUGGCUGUAGCAAGGAUAUUUUCAAUUGAUUGUACAUUAUUUUGUGAAACCUAAACUAUUUGCAAUGAAUUGUAUAUAGAAGUUAGUGAUUAAUUCACAGCUAAGGUUAACAACAAUACGAUUCAUUUUGACACCAAACACGUUAAGCAUUCAACCUAAACUAUUUUCAAUGUAUUGUAUAUAGAAGUUAGUGAUGAAAUGUAUACAGUAUACAGAAUUGAGUUGGAAUAAGAGUCGUCCUUUGAUUUGCCA